AUGACUAUGGAAGAGGGGAGGGAGGACUACACGCAAGAUGGAACUGUCAACAUUAAAGGCAAACCUAUUCUUAGAUCCAAAAGUGGUGGUUGGAAAGCUUGCUCCUUUGUUGUUGUGUAUGAGGUAUUCGAAAGGAUGGCUUAUUAUGGAAUAUCAUCAAAUUUGAUCCUGUAUCUUACAACAAAGCUUCAUCAAGGCACAGUAACCUCUGCAAACAAUGUCACCAACUGGGUUGGCACCAUUUGGAUGACACCAAUCCUAGGUGCCUACGUUGCUGACGCUUUCCUUGGUCGCUAUUGGACUUUUGUCAUUGCCUCCACCAUUUAUCUCUCGGGUAUGUCUCUGCUUACACUGGCAGUGUCCCUUCCAAGCCUAAAGCCACCUCAAUGCUUUGAAAAGGAUGUGACAAAGUGCGCGAAGGCCUCCACACUACAGCUAGCAGUGUUCUAUGGUGCACUUUACACUCUAGCAGUGGGAACUGGAGGAACCAAGCCCAACAUCUCCACCAUAGGAGCUGACCAGUUUGAUGAUUUUCAUCCAAAAGAGAAGUUGCAUAAGCUCUCUUUCUUCAAUUGGUGGAUGUUCAGCAUCUUCUUUGGGACCCUCUUUGCAAACAGUGUUCUAGUGUAUAUCCAAGAUAAUGUGGGCUGGACUCUUGGGUAUGCUCUUCCAACUCUUGGCCUUUUAGUAUCAAUCAUGAUAUUCCUGGCAGGGACACCCUUCUACAGGCACAAAGUGCCUGCUGGGAGUACCUUCACUAGAAUGGCUAGGGUCAUUGUGGCUGCUUUGAGGAAAUGGGAAGUGCCUGUCCCUAGUAACUCCAAAGAACUAUAUGAGCUUGACAAGGAAGAGUAUGCAAAGAAAGGGAGCUACAGAAUUGAUUCCACUCCAACCCUGAGGUUCCUUGAUAAGGCCUGCGUCAAAACAAAUUCAAACACUAGUCCAUGGAUGCUGUGCACUGUUACACAAGUAGAGGAGACAAAACAAAUGCUAAGGAUGAUUCCAAUCUUGAUUGCUACAUUUGUUCCUAGUACAAUGAUGGCUCAAAUAAAUACACUUUUUGUGAAGCAAGGAACUACUCUUGACAGACACAUCGGAAGCUUCAAAAUCCCCGCAGCAAGUUUGGCUGCAUUUGUUACUGUGUCAUUGCUUGUGUGUGUUGUGCUCUAUGACCGUUUCUUUGUGAAGAUCAUGCAAAGGUUUACCAAGAACCCCAGAGGCAUUACCCUUCUUCAGAGGAUGGGAAUUGGCCUCGUAAUCCACACACUGAUCAUGAUCAUUGCAUCUGGGACUGAAAGCUAUAGACUCAAGGUUGCAAGAGAACAUGGAGUAGUUGAAAGUGGAGCACAGGUCCCCUUGAGCAUAUUCAUUUUGCUUCCUCAGUUCAUACUAAUGGGAACUGCUGAUGCCUUCUUAGAGGUUGCUAAAAUUGAGUUUUUCUAUGAUCAAGCCCCAGAACAUAUGAAGAGCAUUGGAACUUCAUAUUCCACAACUACCUUAGGCGUUGGUAACUUCAUCAGUUCCUUUCUUCUCUCAACAGUGUCACAUGUCACCAAGAAAAAUGGUCACAAGGGGUGGAUUUUGAACAAUCUGAAUGAGUCUCACCUUGACUACUACUAUGCAUUUUUCGCAGUGCUAAACUUCCUCAACCUCAUCUUCUUCGCGUUUGUUACUAGGUUCUAUGUAUAUAGGGUUGAAGUUUCAGAUUCCAUUGACUUGCUUGCAAAAGAACUAAAGGAAAAGACCGUGUCCAACGUUGUGAAUCCCAAAGAGUAG